CUUGGCUAAAUACACGAGUGAAAGACUCUGAACAAGACUGAAGUGCUUGCAGGGGUGUAGUGGAGUUGUCCUUUGAGAGUGUGAAGUGAUGGUACUCAAGCUCAGGAAGGAGAGAGACGGUGAAGAAACGAGCCCAGGCUGAGCCAGGAGCUCUGGAGGUCAGGCUGGAGCUGUGGAGGGCAGGACAGGAUGCUGUUCCCGCUGCCCCUGCGUGCAGCCUGCAGCCUGCUGGCCUGGUUCUGCCUCUACAAGUGGUUCUGCCACCGCUACCGGCACCGCAGCAUCGAGUGGAGCUGCAGGCUGGUCACACUCACCCACGGCAUCCUGGCCACCUGUCUGUCCGCUUACAUCGGCUUCAUCGAUGGCCCCUGGCCCCUGAGUCACCCAGGAUCACCCAACACAACCCUUCAGGUGCACGGGCUGUGCCUUAGCUUGGGCUACUUCAUCUUCGACCUGUGCUGGUGCGUGUACUUCCAGACGGAGGGUGCCCUGAUGCUGGCCCACCACCUGGUGAGCAUCGUGGGCAUCGCCGCCUCCUUGGCCCUGGGCGAGUCGGCCGCGGACGUCAACGCCGUCAUCUUCGGCAGCGAGAUCACCAACCCGCUGCUGCAGGCCCGCUGGUUCCUCAAGGAGCUGGGCCGCUACCACACCUUCACGGGCGACCUGGUGGAUUUCCUCUUCGUGGUGCUCUUCACCGGCGUGCGCAUCGGCAUGGGGGCCUGGCUGAUGUACUGCGAGCUGGCCUCGCCCAGGCCCCGCUGGUACAUCAAGCUGGGAGGGGUCAUCAUGUACGUGGUGUCCUGGGUGUUCAUGGUCAGCAUCUGCCGCUUCGCACGGAGGAAGAGCAUGAGGAAGUACCAGGCCUGGAGGAGCCGCAGGAGCCACGAGCUGUGCUCCAAGAGCAACGGGCACCUCAAAAGCCACUGAGUG